AUGGCGAAAAGUUGUUGUUGUUGGAAAAUUGUAUGGAAAUUUAUCUUUCAGAAACGCAUCUUCAAAGAUCAAAUUUCUCGAUGCACUGGAAAGCUGUCGAAAACCACUGCAUUGAUACAAUUCUGCAUCGAAAUCCUGAAGGAGCCCGAUCCAGCAACAUACUUACAAGUAAGUAGCGCGUUUAUUAAUCGCACGACAACGCAAGAGUUUAUGUGGCAUAAGGAGAUGCAAACGAAACCCGAAGCAGAUGCUGAAUUCGUGUUGAAUCUUGACACGAAGCAUUUACAGUACGCAAUUCAGUCGCUCGAUUUCGCCCAGCUCAAAGGUAACGUCAACUUCUCUGAUUAA